AUGUCACAAAAUACUAAAACUUACAAGGAUGCUUUUGCACUCUUUGACAAGAAGGGUACUGGUAGAAUUCCGGUGGAACACUUGGGUGAUUUAUUAAGAGCAAUUGGACAAAACCCAACACUUGCUGAAAUAUCGGAAUUGCAACAAUCAAUCAAGACCCCUGAUUUCGAUUUCGAAACUUAUCAAGAAAUUAUUAAUCGUCCUGAUGGAUUUAAACCUUUAGGAUUGCCAGAGGAUUAUAUAAAAGGAUUCCAAGUUUUUGAUAAAGAGCAAACUGGGUAUAUUGGGGUUGGUGAGUUGAGGUAUAUUUUGACCUCUAUUGGGGAGAAAUUGACUGAUCUGGAAGUGGAUGAGUUGUUGAAGGGAGUGAAUGUCACUACCGAUGGUAAUGUCGAUUAUGUUGAAUUUGUCAAAUCUAUAUUGGAUCAGUAA